CGCACCACCGCCUAAUGCCAGUAUCAUUACCGAAUACCAUGCAGGCGCUUUUCAUUGUGGCAAUCGUCAUCUACUUCAGCUGUGGCAUUACGUCCGGCCGGUAUGUCGACCUUAGCUAUCCUUCGGUCCCGGACGGCCUUCCCUCACGAGUUUCGGGAACUAUCAUCAAUGGAGAGAGCCUCGGGCGUAGGAUGGAAUGGCCGCAGAAUUGGGAGAGUGCUGCCAAUGAUGAAUUUUGGACUCUGGCAGUUUGUAAAGGCGAUAUGCUUGGAGCCGGCAUGUUCGCGGACCCUGAGAAUGCUGGCGUAUUGUUUACGCCACCACGUCUCUCUUCCCAGAGUGUGUUCUCGAGUUUUCCAGCUGAGUUCGUCAAGUGGGGUUGGGACGUGCAAGAAAUUGUAGGCGAAGAAUGCAAUUUCGAGUAUCAAUGGGGCAUCCGCGAAGCAUUAAGAGGUAUGGGUUCAUCUGGGGUGCCGCACAACUCGAAUGGAGGGUCUGUAUGGUGCUAUAAGGUGCGCCACUACCGACCGGAGGAUGCGUAUGACGAAGAAGGAGAUUUCGACAUCAACGACCAGACAUAUCAGGUGGAUGGUCGCACGUACCGAAUGACUGGCGCCAAUUUUAUUCUCGCAAUGGAUCCUACACAAGGUGUGUUGGUCGGUCUUUCACGUUACGGACCUAUUCACGAAGGGAAAGAUCGAAAUCCACCCAUCGCUAACCACGAACUUCCUCUGCUCAGAUCAGCAUCUGACAUUAUGUGGGGUGCAUACAAGUUGCCAUCAGGAAGCAUGAACAUUCGAUGGCUCGUGUCUGCAACGAUCACGAACAAAGCGACAACGUCCAUCAUCAAACGUGUAUUGGACAUGCGCCACGCUUCUCUGAUGCCAUGGCCUGGGCUAUACAUCCGAUUCGACUCUGAGGAAGGCAGGGCUCUUCUCGGCACACCCAACGCGCAAGGUUUCGGAUACCUCCUCAUUCAGCGAAAAGAGGAAUUGGGCAAGAAAUUCAUAUUUGCGGUCCGUGUCUUCCACACUUCUUCACCUGACCCCCUCCCAUGUCUCGCAUUCGAGAUACGAGAUGUCCCUCCAGGUGUAGGAGGUACGAUGGAUGGAAUAUCACUAGCAGGAUAAUGCUCGCCGGACAAGGUUAAGAAUUUCUAGGUUCAUUGUGUGGAUCUUGUGAAUCACUCCGGGAGGAUUAUCAUGAAGUGAUUUGUCUAUCGAAAUGUACUUCUUCUCGCACACACAAAUGGACAAGCAAAGUGACAGUGGAAUCCAAUCCCUUUACGAAAAUACAUUACUUUGAAGGCCGGCAAUAGCCCUGAUUCGAGUGAAUGCUUGCA